AAUCGAUAUUGCUGUGAUACUCGAAGUGCCAAGUUGUGGCAUGGCCUCCGUAUCGGGAGCGCUCGCUGCGGUGUAGGGAAGCGUGCCGUUGACGGUCAGUGCCAGGCGAAUAAUAACUGUAGCAGCAGUCAUGGAACUGACCACGAUAUGGUCAGCCGAACUUCAUUCACGUGUGUAACUGUGGUUUGUACCGCAAGGAAUUUCCAGGAUCAUAAUGCCGAUGUGACCUCGUUCUGUAGUGCCAGAAUAUCCCGCUAGAGGUCGCUGCAUGAUGUCUGGAGAGCGGAAGGCGGUAUCGCCGAUACCCGAGGAAUAUACGGAAAUUGCCGAAGAAAGGCACGAACUUCCGGCAAAGCGUCACAGCCGUGGUCGGAUCCAUGAAUCGGAGCGUCCACCUCAGAAGAGAAAGCGGAGCUGCCCGGAUUAUUUCGGCGUGAAGUCCUACCUCCACAACUUCUACGACGCCAGCGCUGUGUACAAAGAUCCCAUCAUCUACGAGGACGACGAUGACCUACGCUAUCUCCUAGCUCCGUAUCCCCGCCGUCGACGAUGCCCUCCGAUAUGGUGGAAGAUCUUCAUGUGGGUUGGCGUCAACCUACUCCUGUUUGGAGUGAUCGGGAUCCUCGUGGGUUAUCUGGUUCCCCCUAAACAUCCCCUCGAACGCGUGGAUGAAAUCCACGAUAUUGCAUUCGUAGACCGAAGUGCUGAAGCUUACAAUACUACACUAGAUAUGUGCAAACUCAUUGGCCUUAUCUUGUUCUGUGUAGGGGGGAUAACUCUGGCCAUGUCACUCCUUUUCCCAAGCUUUCUGUCUCACUACUGCGAUGAUGAUGGUCGGGAUGAGGCGAUCAAGGUGCCACUGAGGGAUGGAGAGAAGACGCCCCUCAGUCCUAUCGAAAUGACCAUCCCUUCGUCAUCAAAGGUCAGGAGCGUCCAACCUGCUCGCAGAAGUCCGGAAUCCGUCAUGACACAAGGGGGAACCAAAUCGGUGAAGGACUGAACGUAAGGGAGACCACUCCUGGCUACGUCUUGAUAACGACCUGGAUUAUCUCCCUUGACUUCGAUGACUACGACAAAAUGUUGUGUUAAUAUCAUUGUUUGGUUCAGGAAGCGUUUGUGAUGUCAGGAACUGAUAUCCGUGAAGAAUUCGAGAGGGUGUAAUUCAAAAUAGGUACGAAGAAGGAGAGCACUUUACAGUACAUGCCACGUGCCUCGGUGCCCAGCAGACAUGGUACUAGAAUACUAGUGCCUCAGGUGAAUAGUGUUUAGUUGGAUUGUGUUACCAUCACAGAGGAUACAUGUGUUGUUACAUGUGACGAAAAUAGGGUUCCAAUGAACGUGAUGAGAAAUGGCGAGACUUAUGCGAGAGUAACGGCGACAUGAGAUUUUGGCUUCAUGCGAUGUUCCAAAACCUGACUGAGUUACUACUAUACACAAUAUGUCAUUGUAAAUGUUUGUUUUGAUCAGUUAAUAUUUCGUUACAUGCAACUCAGUACCACCAGGAUAUAUUAACAUGCUAGUAGUUCUCACGUGUGUAUUCGUGAAAUCAACAUCGUUGUCCUAACACAUUUUUUGCCAUCAGCAAGGACAGUCUUGAAGGUCAAACAUCACAUCACACUUUCUGGCAUCUCUGUUUAUGAGCAUAGAAACAGGCUCUUUUGAAACGACCGGCACCUUAAGGUUUUCAUAGAAAUUGGCUAAUGACGUUCUUCGAUCGAAAUUUACUGUUAUAAAUAAAUCAAGGAGAGCUGAAUUAUGAAAUUGACAUUCCUGUCCGGCCCAUCAUCAUUGUCAGUGUCAAACAAUUCGUGACAUAAUCAUAUCGCCCACACACAUAAGAAACUCUCGUUAUCGAUUCCGCGCUCGGCCUAGGUAGCGAUUCCGCGCUCGGCCUAGGUAGAACUACCAGGACAAUUUGCUUAGAAGGAAAACAAGCCUGCCGUUAGUUGUUUAUAUCGAGACUAGACUAUCCGACAGUUUCAAGGGAACAGAUCUGGUCGCUCUAUUGUAAAAAGUCUCCCAAAGUGCUUAACCCUUUUGGUGCUAAUCCAGAUGAACCAUUUCGGAUUAACUUCAAAACUGAAUUUAGAAUUUAUUAAUCUGGUCAAAAAAGGGUUAUCAGAUGUUUAUUUAUUUUUGUAGAUGUUGCCAAAAUUAUUUGAUUUCGAUAUCCUAUUGUAUCACGCUACAUUUCAAUGAACCAGGAAAUAGAAAUAUCUUGCAGAACAUUUUGUUUAAAGAAGUACUUCACAAAAACGUUUAGUAUUAGAUAAGAUUAGGCCUUAAUAUGUAAUCAAAAUCGUUGACAGUGUCUUUCUAAAUAACGCAUAAACAACGAUCACAGAUAUGUCUAAUUGAUAAACUGUCAUACGUAAUUGAUUUUCCAUAUUUCCUGGUUUAUUCGUAUAUUAUAUGAAGUACGGUUGUGUCGAGCAGUUGUAUAUAACGAACAAAAUAUGCACACAUCGUGCAGUGUCUGUCAAACCACGUUAAUCCUUUACAAACGUAUGCCACGAACAAUGUACGUAUUGUUUUAUACCGUUCGACACAUGCGUUGUCUCUUCAUGCAUCAUGUUGAAUCUGAAACUCAUCCCCAUGUUGACACUGCUGAGGUCUGUCAGAAUGUUAACUAUAUUUUGAAGUCUUGUCCCAGUGCUCCGUACAGUGACGUGCGUUGUGUGUAUGUGCGUGUGCGUAAAUCUAGUCCAGAUAUGCUGGAAACACGGAACGAUUCUGUUAAAACCGGUUUCUGUAGUGUUUUCCUGUCUGUAUAAUUUAUGAAUGGGUCAGCUUUCGAGAAAUGGAAAUGCUAAUUUGAAACUUCGAUCACACUAAUGAUGAAGUAUAAGAAAAGGAUACAUAAUGUAUUUAUCUCUUUAACAUUGAAUUGUGAGUUAAUAGACACGGAAGACCAACCGAUUUAGGUAUACCUUGAAAAAAAACUCGCCCGAAAAAUAGCGAUCAUUCCCACUUGCUGUGUUUCUUUCCAGAUCAGGUAGGCUUCAAAAAGUUUUUAACAUUCAACAAUGAAUAAACUAAGUUUAGUUUCGGCUUCAUUGUUGAACACAUUAAGCCUCGUUCUCGUGUUUCCGGCAGGUCAAGGUCACGUUGUGGGGGAGGACAUCCUAGUUGAUUUGUGCAUGUUCAAGUCUGUAAUAAACUGUUGGCAAUGUUAA